CAUUUCUGCUGACAGCAUUGUAGACGGCAAAAGUGUUUGGUCAUUUUCAUCACCGCUUAUUCGAUUAUUAUUAAUUCAUUUUCUCUGGAUUUAUAAAUUUCAACUUAGCUAUGUUUUUAACACGCGCUGAAUACGAUCGUGGUGUAAACACAUUUUCACCAGAGGGGCGCCUAUUCCAAGUGGAAUAUGCUAUUGAAGCCAUUAAAUUAGGAUCUACUGCCAUUGGUAUCUGCACCAGCAGUGGAGUGGUACUCGCUGCAGAGAAACGAAGCACAUCUGAAUUAAUGGUGUCUAGCAGCGUGGAGAAAAUUGUUCAAGUAGACCGACACAUCGGAUGUGUUACAUCCGGGCUGACAGCUGAUGCGCGUACAUUAAUUGAUCGUGCGCGUGUUGAAUGCCAAAAUUAUUGGUUUAUCUACAAUGAACCUAUGCCAAUUGAGUCCUGCGCGCAAGCAGUAUCUGCAAUGGCUAUACAGUUUGGAGAUAGUAGUGAUGGCGGAUCGGCAAUGAGUCGACCAUUUGGUGUUGCGAUGUUAUUUGCUGGAAUUAAUGAAGGCGUCCCGCAGCUUUGGCAUAUGGAUCCUUCAGGGACAUACGUGCGUUAUGGUGCCAAAGCCAUAGGCUCUGGUAGUGAGGGGGCUCAACAAACAUUGAAAGAUGAAUAUCACAAAGAUAUGAGCUUGCAAGAGGCGACGAAGCUGGCCAUGUCUAUACUCAAACAAGUCAUGGAAGAAAAACUGGAAUCAAAGAAUGUUGAAGUGUUGGUAAUGAAGCCAAACGAAGAUUUCCGUAUGUUCUCUAAAGAGGAAGUAGAGCGUGAAAUAAACGCACUGUAGGGUUUUAAGAAACAGCUCAGUCGUUUGGGAAGCGACCGUUUAUGCAUUCAGAUUAAA